GCUAGAUGCCGCUGCAGGAGGCGGUGACUGAGUACUACAGAGAGAGGCGCGCGCGGGAAAGUUUCUCAGCUCAGCAGUGCAGGAGCAGACGGGCUGUACAGUACAGUACAGUACAGUACAUUACAUUACAUACUGAACUGAGACCAAUGGGGCUGAUACAUGGAGUCGGACAGUAGAUAUCCAAGGGUGUUUCAAAUGAACCAUGAACUGUAAUACAUGAGGUGUGAACCCUCCUGUUAUUUCUCAAAGCGGCCAGACGUUUGUGGACUUGUACAUGAUGAAUUGUGAGUUAUUAGCAACUUGCAGUGCCCUGGGGUACCUAGAGGGGGAUACAUACCACAAAGAACCUGAUUGCUUUGAAAGUGUGAAAGAUUUAAUCCGUUACCUGAGACAUGAAGAUGAAACCAGGGAUAUUCGGCAACAACUGGGCGCAGCCCAGAUCCUGCAGAAUGAUUUGGUGCAUUUAGUAAUUCAGCAUAGCAAUGACAGGCAGCUCUUUGAUGCUGUUAUCAGGUUGAUGGUGAAUUUAACCCAACCAGCACUUCUAUGCUUUGGGAAAGUGCCGCAGGACCCCACAUUUCGCCACCAUUUCUUGAUGGUUGUGUCCUACCUACAAGCUUAUAAAGAGGCUUUUGCAAAUGAGAGACUGUUUGUAGUCUUGAGUGAAAAGCUGUAUGAUUUACUGCAAAUGGACUGGGAGCAGCGUGAAGAGGAACAUAACUUAUUAAUUGAAAGGAUUCUUUUAUUAGCACGCAAUAUCCUUCAUGUGCCUGCUGAUCCAGAUGAAGAGAAGAGUGUAGAUGAUGAUGCUAGUACUCAUGACAGAGUGCUCUGGGCAAUACACAUGAGUGGGAUGGACGACCUAGUGAAGUUCUUGGCCAGCUCUGAAACAGAGCAGCAGUGGAGCAUGCACGUUCUGGAGACAGUGUCUCUCAUGUUUCGAGAUCAGAAUGCCGAACAUUUGGCCGCAACUGGUGCGGCACGUUCCUCUGCAGAAAGAGUGACAGACCUGAAAGAUUUGGAGAUCCUUCGGCAAAGAGAAAUGGCAGAGAAGAAGAGCAGAGUGUUUCAGCGCGGUACACGGCAUUCGCGGUUUGGAGGCUCUUACAUCAUUCAGGGUUUAAAGUCUAUUGGAGAUAAAGAUAUUGUUUACCACAAGGGGAUUCAUAAUUUUAAGAAUUAUACUCCUGAUCUUGGAAAAGAAGUGAAGAGAGUCCCAAAAAGGAAGCAACAAGCCAAGGAUACAGAAACCCGACGUCGAUCCGCCCUCAACGUCCGCUUGUUCCUGAAGGAGUUUUGCAUUGACUUCCUAGAGAGCUGCUACAACCGGCUCAUGUACAUUGUAAAGGAUCACUUGAUUCGUGAGAAGGCGCAGCAGCAUGAUGAGACCUACUACCUCUGGUCUAUGGCUUUUUUUAUGGGCUUCAAUCGUCUCUUUCAUUUUCAACCAGAACUUGUAUCAGAAACUGUUAGUAUAAGGACUUUCCACUUCAUAGAGCAAAACCUCACCAACUACUAUGAGAUGAUGCUGACAGACAAGAAAGAGGCAUUUUCCUGGGCCCGUAGAAUGCACCUUGCUCUAAAAGCCUAUCAAGAGCUUCUCACUACUGUAAAUGAAAUGGAUCAUUCAAAAAAUGAGUCUGUGCGAGAAAGUAGCAAAGUCAUUAAAAAUAAUAUAUUUUAUGUGAUGGAGUAUCGGGAGCUAUUUCUGGCACUUUUUCGAAAGUUUGAUGAGACCAAGCAACCACGUUCAUUCUUAAAAGAUUUAGUGGAGACAACCCAUUUGUUCCUUAAGAUGCUGGAAAAAUUUUGCAAAGGGAAGAGGACUAUUGUAGUUCAGAAUCACAGGGUGAAAAAAAAGAAAAAGAAGAAGCUCAGUCGCCAUGAGAAUCCGCCUAAAAGUUCAGGAGAGCUGGAGGAAAUAUGGAAGACCAUUUCUGAAAAGCUAAGCAGCUGUGCUAUGGGCUCAGAAAGUCUGCCUGAUGAAAUAGUGCCCUUUGAUGCUGCUUCUGAAAUACCCGUUGAAGAGCAAAGGACUGAAGCUUUAGUGAAAAUACAAAAUGGCCUAUUAACUGGUCAGGCUGCAGACUCACUUGUUCUACUUCGUUCUGCCAGAGAAGUCUGGCCAGAGGGGGAUGUGUUUGGAUCUAAUGAGUCGAGUCCUGAUGAUGAAGUUGAACUGCUCAAACAAAUUCUGUUUGCUGAUCUUCCUAGAUCCACACCGGUGGAAGAUGAUCUUGUGGGAGAAGAAGAGGAGGAGGAAGAGGAACUGGAAGAAGAGGAGCUUACUUCAGUACAAGUGUCUGAAAAAGAAUUUAAUUUCUUGGAUUACAUGAAGAGAUUUGCUAGCUCCAGUGUGGUGAAGACCUAUGUACUGCUGCUGAAGAACUAUCAGCAGAACAGUGCCCACACUAAUCACUGUGUUGUGAAAAUGCUACACCGUAUUGCUUAUGAUCUGAAAAUGGAGGCACUCCUCUUUCAGCUUUCCAUUUUCUGCCUCUUCAAUCGUAUCUUUAAUGAUGCUGCAGCUAGUGUCUACAAGGAGCUGGUAGCUUUUUCAAAGUACAUACUGAGUAAAUUCUUUGCACUGUCGGCUACAAAUAACAAGGCCUAUGUUGAGCUUCUUUUCUGGAAAAAUACCAGCGUUAUUAGAGAAAUGACCGAGGGUUACCGCAAGCCUGGUGAGGAAGAAAGUGAAAACAAUCGCAAGCGUAUAAAAUGGACUGCACAGGAAGAAGAGGAGCUUCGAGGUCUAUACUUGCAGUAUAAAGAGGUUGAAGAUGCCGAUGUGGUAGACAGUAUUUUGGCAAACUUGAGGACUGGAUCCCGAACUCGGAAGCAAAUUAUUAACCAUCUUGUGCAAAUGGGACUUGCUGAAAGUUUGAAGGAUUUCAAAAAAGAGACUAAAGGAACUCGAAUUGUGCUGUGGACUGAAGAACAAGAAAUGGAACUUCAGCGCCUUUAUGAGGAGUUUCAAGAAACAGAUGAUAUAUUGGGAAAUAUCAUGAAGAAUAUUACAGCAAAACGCUCCAAGGCUAGGAUUACAGAUAAACUAAUAAGCAUGGGUCUGGUGUCUGAGCGGAAAGAGCUUUAUAAGAAGAGGAGGAGAAAAGGAAAAUCGUCUGGCAUAUCUGAAGAAGAUUUUCUACGUGAUCUUGGUGUUGAUGGAAUGGAUGAGGAGGAUGCUGAAGACGAAGUAGAAAGAGACUUUGAAAGUGAAGAAGAGGAGGAGUCAGAGCACACUAAUCUAGAACAGAUAACAAAAGUGAAAUCGGGCAUGAAAAGUGAAUUCUUUGUGGACAAGAAUAUACAAAGUAUUGUACAGAGUUUACAUCAGGAAGGUCUGUACAGUCCUGUGGUGUGGCUUCAGAAUUGUUUGAACCGGACCGCAGAAGACUGUGAAGAGGAUGGCUCCUCUCAAUCAGUCCCUCUGGUGCCGUUAACUGAAGACAAUGAGGAUGCCAUGGAAAACAAGUUGUUCCAAAAAUUAUUAAAAAAGGUGGGCAUUCGUCCUCCAGCUAACGAGCAGGAAUCAUUUUGGCGUAUCCCAGGAAAACUGGGCCCUGACCAGCUCCGCAAGUUAGCUACAGCUCUUGUUGGGUCAUCUCCAGAGGAGGCCAGUGAUCAGCUCGUGGAUUCCGAUGACCAGGGUACUAAUCUAGAGCAGAGAUCGGAGGCAUUGCGCGCACUCUUACUUACUCGGAAAAAGAAAACUACAAAAACAGUCACUCAGGAGCCAGAUAAAAUGGAGUCCCUAUCAGUCGAUAUAUCCACAGUGGUUGACAAGCCAAGCAAAAGCAAAUCAAAAUUAACUAAAAAGAGCUGGCUAAUGGAUAGUGAUGACGAAGAGCAAGAAGAAGCAGGUGCAGCCAUUGAGGAACCUGAACAGCUGCAGGGAGACAUUUCACCUGGAACAAACAUUGAUAAAAGACCAAAGGCAGCCAUAAAAAGGAGCAGAUUUGUAGACAGCGAUGAUGAGGAGCCAGGUAACAGAGACCAAGAAGAAGAGGCAAUGGCGUCUGGGCAAACCAGGUCACUCUCAGAUUCAGAAAAUGAAGACUUUCAACCUGCUAGGAAUAAACGUCUGCGCAUUGAGGAUGAUGACGACGACGAUUAACCACAUCUAUUACAGGUGUUCCAGAAUGGGCCACCCGCCACAUAUCUGUAAGAUCAAGGAAUGAGACACUUCUGCAUCUCUUGUCAGUAGAAUUACACAUGUUUUAUGAACUCCUUCCUCAUUAUCCAGGGACAUUUUCAAACACUGGAAGCUCCAUUACCUGAGUUCCAUAACUUAUUAUACAAACUGCUUAUUAAAAAAUAUAUGCUGGAUUGUUAAUAAAAGUUAAAUAAAAGUUUUAAAAUA